AUGUCAGUCAGAAAGCGCAAAUCAAAGACCGUCCCGAAGACAUGGUUGGAAUGGAGCACCGCUGCCAGAAGGCACGGGGUGCUCAGAUCAAGCAUCCACAGGCAGAAGAAGCUUGAGUCAGGCUCGAAAGUCACAGAAGAACAAUAUCUUCUGUUGAAGGUUCUAUGGGAUAUAGAGUGGCCGACUAUGCGUGCCGUCCAGGACUUGAAUCUUCAAGACUUCUUUGAUCAGGCCAGAGACUGGCUGGCUACCUUCCACCCGUUCCAAGCGUACCUCGACACCAUCGACGACGACAAGACGCCGGGUAGUUCUGAGAUAGGGAUUUUCGAAAUUCUUCGGGAGCAGCAGCGACAAGUUUGCGAGCUUCUGCAAAGCCCAGGGAGUAAAGGCCUGCAAAGUGCUAAUGAGGAGAUCGUUAAUUCCUCUCUCCUAUCGUUCCUCACUGCGAUCUGCAAAAAGCACCCCAGCUUCAAAGCUCGAUGGACCCCCCAGCGGGCCUCCCUGACCGCAGAGUUCAGAGGGGCUCACAUGGAGUGCCUCCUGGACGGUUUGCUUGCGUCAGAGGCCACGUUACAGACCCAGGUCAUUAUCGAGGCUAAAGCCAACCGUCGCGGCAGACACAGUCCAGAAGUCUUCAUGCAGGAAGCUGCGGAGCUGGUCGCUGCUCUUGUCACGGGGCCUCCAAAAGGCCUGGCCAAGGACAGAGGCCUGCUGAUUUCACAGAUGGACCAGGAGAAGCAGGCUAUCACCAAGAACGAGUUCUUGACCAUUCGACAGUGGGGGGCGUGGAGAAUUGAUAAGCGCGAGGAAAUUGAGGAUUUCGCUAGGCUAGUGCUUGCCGAAGGUGGCCGCCCGAUGGGGGGCUUUCAAUUGCGAUUUGCGCCAAAAACCAUGUAA